CCCGCGGACAACCUCUUUGGAUGACACAGAACAAACUGCGAGUUGAGUUUUGGCCACUCAAACAUGGAAAAGUUGAACUGACAGCGCAUAACUAACUCGGCACUUUGAAUUGGACGAUAGGUAGGCUAGGCCUAUCAUACCGCCACCGGGGAAUUGUUUUUGUGGAGAGAUCGAUUUUGGGAAUCAGUGUCUACGUGCGCAACUGAAGUUUUAAAUUAUUUAUUUUGAUUUAGACUGCUGUGCAAUAGUAUGAUUUUUAGCGUUUGACGUUUGCUCUGGGAGUCAAAGGAGUGCUGAACAUUAAUAAUUUAACCAAAUGGAUUAUGUUCAUUUGGCGCAAAAGCCCUUAUAAGAAGUUGUUUUGUUGUAAUGUUCUGGAUAUGUUUUCGCAGUAUACCUUGCUAAGUGAGUGAUGAUUGAUUUGGAUAUGUCAGCACCGCUGAGCGCUCAUCCACACACUCCAUCAUUCCUGGACUGGGGAAAGUAAGAAACCACCUGUUGUGAAUGCUUUCUGGAACUUACCACGGAUCUACGGCGGCUGCUAAAACAAGACAUUGGAAAGUUGCGCGCAGAACGCACAGAGACAUGUAAACCCGGAUGAGGAGUCCUGUCUUGGCCACCGAUUGCUGUUGCGCUCAGAAUGGCUCGCGAGGACGCGGUGAGGUGCCUGCGCUGCCUGCUCUACGCUAUCAAUUUACUCUUCUGGCUCAUGUCGAUAUGUGUCCUGGGGGUGGCUGCUUGGCUCAGGGACUACCUGAACACUGUACUCACCUUGGCGGCCCACACCAGGCUGGAGGAAGCAGCAGUUCUCACGUAUUCUCCGGCUGUCCAUCCCGUCAUCAUUGCAGUGUGCUGUUUUCUUAUCAUUGUGGCCAUGGUGGGCUACUGCGGCACACUGAAAUGCAACCUUCUACUCCUGUCCUGGUACUUUGGCAGUCUGUUGGUGAUCUUCUGUGUAGAGUUGGCCAGUGGGGUGUGGACAUAUGAUGAGCCCUCAGUUCAGAGGUCAGAUAUGAUCAGUCUGAAGUCCAGGAUGUCCAACUAUGGCCUGCAGCAUUACCAGUGGCUAACACACACCUGGAACACCUUCCAGACUGAGUUUAAGUGCUGCGGGGUCAUCUACUUCACCGAUUGGCUGGAGAUGACAGAGAUGGAAUGGCCACCAGACUCCUGCUGCUCCAAUCAGUAUCCAGGAUGUGCUCGCCACGCCCAUUACCGUGACCUCAGUGACCUUCACCAAGAGGGCUGCGGGCCGAAGAUCUACAGUUUCAUCCGGGGGACUAAGCAACUGCAGGUGCUGCGGUUCCUGGGUGUGUCUAUAGGAGUGGCCCAGAUUCUGGCCAUGACCCUGACCCUAACCCUGCUCUGGGCCCUCUACUACGACCGCAAGCCCCCUGAGCCCACUGCGCCCGAACCCCCCACAGGAACCGACCCUGGACCUCUAACCAUCACCCACCCACCCCAAGGGGAGGCUCCUAAAUCGGGUAUCACUCGCCCGGCCCCGGCUGAGGCCUGGUCCAAUAAUGCAACCACAUCUAACGGACAUGGACACACCCAGUUUGAGAUGGAGACACUGUCCUAGCGGGGGGGUGGGGGAGGGGGAUACACUGUCCACCCAUCUGCCCCUCACACCACCGCUCACCCCUACUUCACAGACACUGGAAGAGGGAAAGAAUAAGGGGAUGAGAAGAAAGUGUGAGACUGGAUAGGGGGAGAGAGGGGGGAGAGAAAAACGAGGGUAGGAGACAUGAGAGAGAUUGGGCACAGUUGCAGGAGAGUGAAUACCCCCCAUACCCCCCCUCUCUUUCCCGUUGGACAACAUGACAAUGACAUACUGGACUGUGGGACUUUGCAGGACUAUUUUGUCACAGCUGGGAUUGGAAAUUGUCAGAGAAACGAAAUAACUAUAAGCCGAGGCUUGCUCCUUUAGUGUCACCACUAUCCGGUAGUGAGGAGGGGAGGGAAUCGUUGUAGUUUUCCCAACUUCCCUCCUCCUCGUUGGGAAUGUUUGGGAAUUUCACCACUAGCACUGACUGGAUGAAACCUGUUCAGCAAAGACUGCUGUAAGGACAUGUCAACUCUUCAUCUCACUCAAAACACACCAAACCAAGGAAAUGGAGUUUAUCUGGAUAUUUGGAAAUAUCAUGUCUUAAUUUGACAGACCUGUUGGAAUCCACAAGAAUGACUCAGCCACAUUAAUGAGUGUUUGUGCAGCAGUCAGAGUGUAUUAUCGUUGUCUACUAUAAACGGAACAUGAUAUUGGCUAUUUAUCUCUGGCUCUGUGAGAAUAAUGCAUUUCAGCUCAAACAAUAAUCUGUGCAUUUAAUCAUUUCAGAGGGGUUGUGAAAUAUACUGUGUGUUUGCCAAAGAAUAAUAACACAACCAAGCGUUUGUUCUCUGAUACAGAUCACUGUCAGCAUGACACUCUUAGGGAUGAAAAAUAAAAUGUUCUUUCAUCGCCACACAAAACAAAUCAAAUGUAUUUAUAUAGCCCUUCGUACAUCAGCUGAUAUCUCACCGUGCUGUACAGAAACCCAGCCUAAAACCCCAAACAGCAAGCAAUGCAGGUGUAGAAGCACGGUGGCUAGGAAAAACUCCCUAGAAAGGUCCAAACCUAGGAAGAAACCUAGAGAGGAACCAGGCUAUGUGGGGUGGCCAGUCCUCUUCUGGCUGCGCCGGGUGGAGAUUAUAACAGAACAUGGCCAAGAUGUUCAAAUGUUCAUAAAUGACCAGCAUGGUCAAAUAAUAAUAAUCACAGUAGUUGUCGAGGGUGCAGCAAGUCAGCACCACAGUACGUAUCAUACAUUUGAAGUGAACAGAAUUCAUUCUGGGAGAACUAUGAGAAUGAUAUGUGGGAGAGUAUGGUCUUUCAUUUUGAAAUAACAUACCCUGCUUUCAGUGGAGGCUGCUGAGGGGAGGACGACUCAUAAUAAUAUCAGUAAUGGAGCAAAUGGAAACCAUGUUUAGUUUCUGUGACAAUUUCCAAUCCCAGCUGUUACAAAAUAGUCCUAAAAAGUCCCACAUAGAAACCAUGUCUUUGAUACCAAUCCACUCAUUCUGCUACAGCCAUUACCAUGAGCCCUUCCUCCGUAAUUAAGGUGCUAUUGAUAAUCCAUAGUAUUUAUAGCUAGAAGGGCAGUCGGUAAACUGCAGCUGUCACCACCUACUGAAUGUCAGAAACAUCCCCUAAGAUCCUUUAAGUCACUGGUGAUUAUAUUUUGUGUUUGCCCUCUAUCUAUGUGUCCCCUUGCUGUGUGUCCCCUUGCAGUGUGUCUCCUUGCUGUGUGUCUCCUUGCAGUGUGUCUCCUUGCUGUGUGUCUCCUUGCAGUGUGUCCCCUUGCAGUGUGUCUCCUUGCAGUGUGUCUCCUUGCAGUGUGUCCCCUUGCUGUGUGUCUCCUUGCAGUGUGUCCCCUUGCAGUGUGUCUCCUUGCUGUGUGUCCCCUUGCAGUGUGUCUCCUUGUAGUGUGUCUCCUUGCAGUGUGUCUCCUUGCUGUCUGUCCCCUUGCAGUGUGUCCCCUUGCAUUGUGUCUCCUUGCUAUGUGUCCCCUUGCAGUGUGUCUCCUUGCUGUGUGUCUCCUUGCUGUGUGUCUCCUUGCUGUGUGUCUCCUUGCAGUGUGUCUCCUUGCUGUGUGUCUCCUUGCAGUGUGUCCCCUUGCAGUGUGUCUCCUUGCAGUGUGUCUCCUUGCAGUGUGUCCCCUUGCUGUGUGUCCCCUUGCAGUGUGUCUCCUUGCAGUGUGUCCCCUUGCAGUGUGUCCCCUUGCAGUGUGUCUCCUUGCUGUGUGUCUCCUUGCAGUGUGUCCCCUUGCAGUGUGUCUCCUUGCAGUGUGUCCCCUUGCAGUGUGUCUCCUUGCAGUGUGUCUCCUUGCUAUGUGUCCCCUUGCAGUGUGUCUCCUUGCUGUGUGUCUCCUUGCAGUGUGUCCCCUUGCAGUGUGUCUCCUUGCAGUGUGUCUCCUUGCAGUGUGUCCCCUUGCUGUGUGUCCCCUUGCUGUGUGUCCCCUUGCUGUGUGUCCCCUUGCUGUGUGUCCCCUUGCAGUGUGUCUCCUUGCUGUGUGUCCCCUUGCUGUGUGUCCCCUUGCUGUGUGUCCCCUUGCUGUGUGUUCCCUUGCUGUGUGUCCCCUUGCUGUGUGUUCCCUUGCUGUGUGUCCCCUUGCAGUGUGUCUCCUUGCUGUCUGUCCCCUUGCAGUGUGUCCCCUUGCUGUGUGUUCCCUUGCUGUGUGUCCCCUUGCUGUGUGUUCUCUUGCCGUGUGUCCCCUUGCCGUCUGUCCCCUUGCUGUCUGUCCCCUUGCAGUGUGUCCCCUUGCUGUGUGUCCCCUUGCAGUGUCCCCUUGCAGUGUGUCCCCUCGCUGUGUGUCCCCUUGCAGUGUGUCUCCUAGCUGUGUGUCCCCUUCAAGUCCCUCAUCAAAGGACUCUGGUCCUCCAUGGCUUUCAGCAAGGAUACUCCAGAGGUGUUACACUUAAAUGCUGCUGGUCCCAACCUAAGGGUUCCUAGGGGACAGAGAGACGUACUGUAUGGGCAGGGUGAAUGAAGGUUGCAGAGUCCCCUUUCAAAGUAUACCCUUCAUUGGAGAAGCAAAGGCCGAUCCCAUAACUUUUGGCCAUUUACUCCUUACUGAUGCACUAAAAGUAGAAGCGAGGAUUAGAAAGGUAUCAGCAAUAUGGUUCCAGCUACACCUAGCCCUCCAGGUUGGCAGCUUUCUGACAGUUUCACUCAUUUCAGAUCAGCAAGGACAAACCUGAAAGUGUGUAUGGAAGUGGUUAUGGGUUGGUUCAAGGUCUCAGAGAGACAGGCGAUUGGGCCAGUGUAUAUUGAGUAACAACUUUAACUUAGACAUUUUUGAUGGAGGGGGAGAAAGUGCCUGUUUAAAAGAAGAGGAGGAUGGAUGGAAGGCCCCUCUGUCUCUCUCUCUCUCCCUCCCUCCUUCUCCUCCCUCCUUCCCUCGCUCUGUUUGCUGCUUGACAAUGUGAAGAUAUGAUUUAUGGAAGAGGGAAAGGCGUGUAGCCCCGCUGUCACAGUGGGUUACAAAAGACAUAUUGUUUUCUUGCUGGUCGCUCUCUCUCCCCUCCUCUCUGCCUCCUACAUCAAUUCACUUAUUAAUCCUGGUGGGAUACGUCUGUGUGUGUGUCUGUGAGUGUGUGUGUCUGUGUGUGUGAGAGAGAGAGAAACAGUGUGGUGUACAGACAGUAAGCCUCUUCAUUCCUCUUGUCUAGCACAUACAGAACCAGUCAAAAGUUUAGACACACCGACUAAUUCCAGUGUUUUUCUUUAUUUUUACUAUUGUCUACAUUGUAGAAUAAUAGUGAAGACAUCAAAACUAUGAAAUAACACAUAUGGAAUCAUGUAGUAAGCAAAUUGAAAUAUAUUUUAAACUCUUCCAAGUAGCCACCCUUGGCCUUGAUGAUUGCUUUGCACAUUCUUGGCAUUCUCUCAACCAGCUUCAUGAGGAAUGCUUUUCCAACAGCCUCGAAGGAGUUCCCACAUAUGCUGAGCACAUGUUGGCUGCUUUUCCUUCCCUCUGCGGUCCAACUCAUCCCAAACCAUCUCAAUUGGGUUGAGGUCGGAGGAUUGUGGAGGCCAGGACAUCUGAUGCAGCACUCCAUCACUCUCCUUCUUGGUCAAAUAGCCCUUAAACAGCCUGGAGGUGUGCUGGGUCAUUGUCCUGUUAAAAAACAAAUGAUAGUCCCACUAAGCGCAAACCAGAUGGGAUGGUGUAUCGCUGCAGAAUGCUGUGGUAGCCAUGCUGGUUAAGUGUGUCUUCAAUUCUAAAUAAAUCACUGACACUGUCACCAGCUAAGCACCCCCACACCAUCACAUCUCCUCCUCCAUGCUUCACGGUGGGAACUACACAUGCAGAGAUCAUCAGUUCACCUACUCUGCGUCUCACAAAGACACAACAGUUGGAACCAAAAAUCUCAAAUUUGGACUCAUCAGACCAAAGGCCAGAUUUCUACCAGUCUAAUGUUCAUUGCUCAUGAUUUGUGGCCCAAGCAAGUCUCUUCUUAUUAUUGGUGUCCUUUAGUAGUGGUUUCUUUGCAGCAAAUCGACCAUAAAGGCCUGAUUCAUGCAGUCUCCUCUGAACAGUUGAUGUUGAGAUGUGUCUGUUACUUGAACUCUGUGAAGCAAUUAUUUGGGCUGCAAUUUCUGAGGCUGGUAACUCUAAUGAACUCAUCCUCUGCAGCAGAGGUAACUCUGGGUCUUCCUUUCCUGUGGCGGCCGUCACGAGAGCCAGUUUCAUCAUAGCGCUUGAUGGUUUUUGAGACUACUUGAAGACUGCACAUUGACUGACCUUCAUGUCUUAAAGUAAUGAUGGACUGUUGUUUCCUUUUGCUUAUUUGAGCUGUUCUUGCCAUAAUAUAGACUUGGUAUUUUACCAAAUAGGGCUAUCUUCUGUAUACCAGCCCUACCUUGUCACACAAUUUUAUUGGCUCAAAUGCAUUAAGAAGGAAAGAAAUUCCACAAAUUAACUUUUAACAGGGCACAUCUGUUAAUUGAAAUGCAUUCCAGGUGACUUCCUCAUGAAGCUGGUUGAGAGAAUGCUAAGAGUGUGCAAAGCUGUCAUCAAGGCAAAGGGUGGCUACUUUGAAGAAUCUCAAAUAAAAAAUCUAUUUUGAUUUGUUUAACACUUUUUUUGGUUACUACAUGAUUCCAUGUGUGCAUUCUUAGUUUUGGUGUCUUCACUAUUAUUCUACAAUGUAGAAAAUAGUAAAAAUAAAGAAAAACCCUGGAAUUAGUAGGUGUGUCCAAACGUUUGAUUGAUACUGCAGAUAUAUCAGGCCAACAUCCCUUUCCCUCUGUUCUUAGUCUCUGUCUAAUUGAUACAGAUCUAUGAUAUUUUGCUCUCUGGAUUUAGUUUUGAGUAACAAUAGAGAAGUCAUGGAGAAAGGGCUGUCUCAAUCCCUCAAUCCCACGGAGGGUCACUGCUUUAGGACUAAUUCACAGUUGACAUGGGGACAGAGGGAUACAAACACAUACUCUCUCUCCCCUCCCUUUCUCUCUCGGUGUACAGUAAAAGUAGCCAGCGGCAGAAAUAAAACCAUUACCCUCUGACCCCUGUGUAAAAAUAGCAGGGGCAGAAAUAGUCUGUGUGCUGGCAUGCUGCUUGGGUAAUUCCGGCUUCAGUUUUCCCCCUGAUGCAUGUUAUCUGCAAUGCACCUAGGGAAGCUGAUGGGACCAUACAUUCUCCCAAAACAUCUCAAUUACUAACUCCCUGAUGAGAAAUAUGGUAAUACAGAGAGACAAAUGUGAGCGCGCGCGCACACACACACACACACACACACACACACACACACACACACACACACACACACACACACACACACACACACACACACACACACACACACACACACACACACA